AUGACAAUUAAGGCCAUCCGUGAUCAAUACUUCACUGACAAGGUGGCAGUGUUUCAAGAUGGACAGGUUUACUGCUCAGCUGUGGUGAAUGUUCAAGGGUCAUCCGUGAGUGAUAAGAUUUUCAAAUAUAAUCCGAACCAAUCAUAUUAUCUACUACUCAAUAGUGGUAUGACUUCGAAAAAUGGUACGUUUAGCAAUUUUCUUUUCGAUGGCGAUAGUGUGAAUGCUUCCAAUAAUCAUAAUGACGUAUUUGAAGAGCUUUUGCCUCCGUCUGAAUCCAACGAGUCACCUCUUCCCAACAAAUUGACGCAAUAUGAGGAGUAUUUUGAUUCGAGCACAUGUGGAAUCGAUAAGGAAUGUUUUCUACCGACUGAGUGCUAUCGCGGAUGCAAUGGAAUGGGCUUCUCAUAUAAGAUGAUCAAUGAUACAAUGAUGAGAAUCGAGCUAUUUUCCAUCGCUCCCGACAACAACCAAUAUGUAGCUGUUGGUUUUUCUGAUGACGACAAAAUGGGUGAUGACUACGUGAUCGAAUGCUCAGCUCUGGUCAACCAACAUUACAGUUUGAAGUUCUCCUACAACGAUGCUACACCUACAAAUGUUCGAAUUCCAGGCGAAGAGACGAUCCGUUCACAGUACAUCCUUCAAUCUAUGGUCGCUUCUAGCGAUGCUCAACUGUACUGUAGCGCCAUAGUGAAAAUAACCGGCUGGAGUGGAAGUGAUCAGAUAGACGUCGAUCACCUCCCACUGGCAAAAGCCAUGUUGGACUCUACCAAGACGUCUUCAUUAGAGCCGAGGGUUCGUGUUAUAGACAAGAGUCAAUUCAAAACCCCAUUCCAGGUGAUUCAUCUCAAGCCUCUCCAGAAUUACUACUUGUUGCUUGCCAGUGGUUACACGGGAGCAAACGGACUCACAGAACACAAGCACACUUGCGUGUCGUCUCCUCGUCCCAUAAUAGACCCUAGCAACCAGAACGUUCUCACGACGAAGCAGAUCCGAUUCGAACUCUCUAUGCCCACCAAACAAACCAGCUCUGUAUACCUCGCUCUUGGGUUUUCCAACGACGACAAAAUGGGACAAGACAAUGUAAUCGAAUGCUCGGCGCUCACUAGUGCACAGUUAUCGAUGAAAUUUUCAUAUAAUCCGACUACAAGAAAUAUUCGAAUACCAGGAGAAGAGACCAUUCGCUCAACGUAUUUCCAAAAUGAAACGGCAACAUUCACCGAUGGUAUGAUGUACUGCUCAGCUGUUGUGACCGUUAGCGGAUGGACAAACAACAGUGAAGUAUGCCUUACUCAACACACGGGAAAAGCCAUAUCGACACCACGGCAGCUUUCCGACUACAGCACUGAUGCCUCAGGGACGAGCGGUCUGAGUCCGAUUGUCAAGCAAAGGCUCAUCAAAGCACAUGCGAUUCUUAUGAUCAUCUCAUGGUUCUUCUUCGUACCGACAGCUGUAAUGUUUGCUCGAUUUUUGCGAGCCAGCUGGCCAACAGUGAAACCAUGUGGUCUUCUUAUAUGGUUCCACGUUCAUCGAACAUCUAAUCUGAUUGGAAUCGCAUGCAAUGUGGCCUCAUUCAUAUGCAUUCUUACAGCAAAUAAUUGGGAAUGGACUGGACCAGGAUCCCAAUCGAGUAAAUGGGGUAAGACCCACUCAAUGGUCGGCAUUUUCGCUCUCUGUUUGGCAUGGAUUCAACCUUUCAUCAGUGCCAUGAGGUAG